UGUAGCACCGCAUUCACACAGAAGAGGUUUAGUUUGGAAAUCUAAUGGCACAACAGCUAUUACUGAACUCGUGUCCACAUCAAUAUGUAUCGCUUCGGCGGGUCAGAAUUUCGAAGCCAUCGAUAUGGGUCACGAAACCGACUAUCGUUUCUUCACCAUCAUUUUCUACCUCAGCUCCUCUUCGCAACGCAUCGUUUUGCUGCAGCUCUAGCGCUACCUCUUCUGUCGAACCCGAUUUAUCCUCUUCUGCCAAAAUCUUCGUCAAAGGGCUACCUCACUCAACCUCUGAAGGAAGAUUGAUGAAGGUGUUUUCAGAGUUUGGUGUAGUUAAUCUCGUCCAGCUUCCUAUAGAUGAAAAAUCAGGAAAGUCUUUAGGAUUUGCAUUUAUUUGGUUUGUAAAGGAAGAGUCUGCGCAAUUGGCUGUCCAAGAGAUGAAUGGAAAGUUUUUUGAUGGUAGAUUUAUUUAUGUUACUAUUGCAAAGCCUGGAUCAUUAAAAAAUUCGAAGAGCACGACAGCCUACAAAUUUUAAUCAUAUGAGCAGUUGCUAAUAGCAUCUUUUCAUAACUAGCAAUUUUAUAUAAUGUAGUCACUAACGUUCAAUGCUACACAUUCUACUCCAUAGCCUCAGAAUUGAGGGACCCCUUGAUUUGAAAAGUUAGUAAAAUUUAUUGCAAAAAGAAUCACUUAUGUGUGGGUAUACAUAGAGCCUUUCUAUAACCCAAAAAAAUACUUGGAAAGUUGCUGAUCAAGAACAAGAAGCAGUUCAAGCCACCAGUGGAAGGGGUCCAGGGUUUUACUUUCUAUCUUCCAGUACCUGCUUUGAUCACUGUCAUGACCACAUUCAAGGCUGCAGAUGAUCAGCCUGUGGAGCUGCAAGCGUGGGAUCAACAUGAAAGAAGAUCCACACGUUCAAGCCAAGGUCUUCUCCUCCUCCUCAAGUGAGUUUAUUCAUUUAAGAGACUAUUUUUUACUAUAUCAAAAGACAGUUUUCUAUUAAGAAAAAAGUUGCUCAAAGAUGUCCCUAAUGUCAUGUCUUAUUGGUGUUGGUGUUGAAUCUUCCAAUUUAGUUGUGUUAAGUAUGUCCUGUACAUCUCUUAAUUACAACUAGUCGCAGAAAGAAAUUGAGAUUGUCCAUUUAUCUUAUCUUUUAAGUAAGCAGUAAC